GGUUGCAGGAGGACAUGCUAGGAGAGACAAGAGGGGGGUAAAGACAGGUACCACUAAGGAGCAGCAGCAGAGGUAGAUAAGGGGAGGGGGGGCAGAGACAGGUGCAACACAGGUAAACACACACAGAGACACACACACACAGAGAGAGAAGCAUCAUGGCGCUGAUCCCGUCUCAGGUCCUGCGGGUCGCCAUCCUGCUGUCUUAUUUCUCCAUCCUCUGCCACUACAAAGCUCUGGACAUGCCUGCUCACCAGACAUACGGAGGCAGCUGGAAGUUUCUGACCUUCAUCGACCUGGUGAUCCAGGCGGUGUUCUUCGGCCUGUGCGUGCUGAUCGACGUGUCCAGUCUACUGACUAAAGGAGGCGACAGCAGGGAGCAGGAGAGGCAGCUGAGGAAGCUGAUUGGCCUGAGGGACUGGAUGAUGGCCGUCCUGGCUUUCCCUGUCGGAGCGUUUGUGGUCUUUACGUUCUGGUCCCUCUACCUGUACGACAGAGAACUGGUCUACCCCAGACUACUGGACAACUUCAUCCCUCAGUGGCUCAACCACGGCAUGCAUCUCAUUGAUUUAAAUGUGAGUAGAGAAUUAGAGUUGGAGCCAAACUAAGCUUUUAUUUUCCUUUUAUUGUCGUUUUUUGUGCCUAAAGCUACGCAGUGUCAUCCGGCUUUGAUCGUGGACAGUGGAGAAAACAACACUAACACACACACACACACACACACACACACACACACACACACACACACACACACACUGUAUUCAUAAUCCUGCUUUUUACCGGUAUGAACUAUUUACCAAAGUGAAUGAAAUCCAUCAUAAAGCUUCUAUGAAACUACUGAACAUUAAUUAAUAUUGUGUUGAAAUAUGAUUACUAAUCAUCUAUAUGAGUCACGGUACAUGUACUACGGAACGGAGGAAAUAUUAGGUGUUGGUAUAUAAGUUCAAUAAAUAAAGAAUUUGAGUGGAAAA